UAUGUUCAACCUAUUCAACCUUCAUUUCCAGCCCCGAUUACUAACGAAACGAAGUUCCAAGAACACGCUAGCCUGUAGUCAAGGUAACUGAGAGAUCAUCGAGGGGAACACCGCCACUGUCACUUCAGCAGGGACCGCGCGCUACACUGGCAGCACAUCUGACAGGAACGGACGGUGUGGGAAACAACUGUACUUGGAGCAAUGGCAACCAACAGUUCGGACCUGGAUGAACUGAAGAAAAACGUGGACCAUGUAUUUAUUAUGACAAAUGCGAUCAUCGUGUGCUUGAUGCAGUGCGGGUUUGCGUGCCUGGAGGCUGGGGCAGUGCGGUCCAAAAACACUACCAACAUCAUGAUGAAGAACAUUAUGGACAUCUUCCUCAGCUGCCUCAGUUACUGGCUGGUGGGCUACGCGCUGGCCUACGGGGAGGGCAACUCAGUGCUGGGUUACACGUACUGGGCCGGAGUUGGACUGCCAGCAGAAAAGAUGUCCCACUGGUUCUUUCAGUUCAUUUUUGCUGCUACGGCUGCCACCAUAGUGUCUGGAGCCGUGGCGGAGAGAUGCAACUUUGCUGCUUAUAUUGUCUACAGCAUCGGCAUAUCGGGAAUUGUGUAUCCCCCGAUAUCUCAUUGGGUUUGGACCGAAGUCGGCUGGCUCAACAGGCUCGGAUACGUGGAUUUCUCUGGUUGCGGCCCUGUCCAUCUGCUGGGUGGUGUCUGUUCCUUUGUCGGCGCCGUGUUCCUCGGCCCACGACUUGGACGGUUUGGAAACAAGUAUGACGAGUCGGAGAAGGAAGAAAUCGUGGGACACUCUAUUCCACUGGUGGGGAUCGGAGCAAUGAUUCUUAUAACGGGGUUCCUGUCCUUCAACGGCGGCUCUCUGGGCUCCAUGACGAACCCAGGAGACGGCGAGAUCAUCGCCCGGGUGAUUACGAACACGGUGUUGGGCGGCACUGGCGGCGGAAUCGCAACUCUCUGCGCCACCAAGUUGGGCCUGUUGGGGGCGCCCUUCUGGAACUUCAGCUUCACAGUGAAUGCAACCCUCAUAGGCAUGGUGUCCGUGUGCGCAGGCGUCAACAAUAUGACCAUGUGGGCAAGUUUCGCGUGCGGGAUCACAGCUGCGCCUAUAUACAUUCUCAUUCGUUACAUCAUGAUUUGGUGUAAAGUUGAUGAUCCGCUGGAUGCCGUGGCUGUUCACUUCGGUGGCGGAUUCUGGGGCCUGAUUGCAGCUUCAAUAUUUGAUAACAAUGGAUUUGUGUUUGGCGCCGCCUAUGAAUCUGCAAUGAUUUUAGCGUACAGAAUGGUUGGAGCAGCGGCCAUUAUCGUCUGGGGAGGACUUGCGUCCUGCGUCAUGUUCGGAACUCUCAAGUACCUAGGAAAACUUCGGGUUAGCGAAGAGGAGGAGAGGAAAGGUCUGGAUCUGGCCAUGCACAAUGAACCAGGUUAUCAUCCGUUAGGUUGGAACAACUAUCCUCCUGUGACACUCUGGCAGCCUCCAUUGCACGUCUCUGUGUUUCCAACUAUUGACGUUACUCACAGAGGAGGAAAACAUCGACAUAACGCACAUACACGCCACAUAUCGGACUGCAUGAACGAAGCCUUCGUAGACACAGAAAAUGGCGGCCAUCCAGUGCAAGAGUCGAGCAAAAUGUAGUUGUUCGCCGAUCUGUGGAGAAUAUGCCUUCUCAAUGAAGACGGCGCAGUGUCGCGAAGGACUAGCAACAGAACCGAGGGCCUGAGCACUUCAGGCUGAAUUUGGACAAGAUUCAACAUGCAACAAUAUUUUCUACUGCUGGCACACUUCAGUGUCAUAAAGGAUUGGCAGAGACACCGAGGGCCUGAGCUCUUAGGGCUGAGUUGGGACAAAAGUAUUUUGGAACGUACAGCUCACCCCUCACCUUUAGUGACAAGACUGGGCUGGGCCUUUUCUGCUCUCCGCCACACUUCGUCGUGCGGUGCUUAGCUGACACAUGAAAAAGUAUUUAUAUAUAUAUAGGGUUGCUCAAAAGUCAGUUAACAGUUUAGUAAAAUGUACUAAACUGAAAUAUAUUGGAAAUUUCUCUUUUACUUACUGAAUUCGAAAGAAAAAACACCUCGAAAUGAGAUCCAUUUUAAGUGCACAAUUCACAAAAUUGUGUUACCGUUCUAUAAAUUUACUGACACGUUUAAAGUUAAAUUUUACAUUCGUACGAGGAAAUAUUUUAGAUCAAGUGACUUUUGGGCCACUCUGUAUAUACCGUCACGUAGGAUGUGUGACUAUAGACGGGGUUUCGGUUGAAUAGAUUCAUUGACCACUCACAAGUCGCAACUACAAGAAAUUAUCAACAUUAUCACUAUUUCUACAUUUUACAUUUCAGUAGACCACGGAGUUUAGUGA